AUGUAUAUUGCUACCGUACGUUUAGCAGAUGAUUUCGGUUGUGAUUUAAUUGGAAUACAAUAUCAACAAGGUUUAAAAGAUUUAGUACCAGCAUCAGAUCUUGCCGAAGGUUUACUUAAUAAUGUUGAUCGACCGCCUGUUAAAGAUCGUACAAAUGCAUAUGACCUUUAUCCAGAUGCAGCUCUACCACAUUUUAAUGAAGUUGAUGAAUGUGCUGGUAUUGAUGCAUUAAUUACAAAUCGUGUUUGGAAACAAUUAGGUUAUUCACCAGAAACAACAUUACAUGAUGUACGUUAUGGAGAAGAUUAUAAUGGAAUAUUUACAUGGGUUUUUGAAAUAUCUGGUGCUGUUCCACCUGAACAUUUAGUUGGUGGUUAUAAAGGUGCUAUUAGUGUACGUCAACCACCAAUGUAUUUUCAAAAAGGUGGUGGUACAAUUCGUGGUAUAUCAAAACCAGGCGAAGUUAUUUGGAGUCGUGUUUAUAUAGAGGAUAAUCGAUUGAAAGUCGAUAUUGGUCGUGCACAUGCUGUAGAAUUACCAAGUGAGGAAACUGAACGACGUUGGCGUGAUACAACACCACAAUGGCCGAUGAUGCAUGCACAAUUACUUGGUAUUACACGAGAUCAAAUGAUGGCUAAACAUAAAGCUAAUCAUGUACAAGUUGCAUAUGUACCUGAUGUUCAAGCUGCACAAAAAGCACUUGCUGUUAAAGCAGCUUGCUUUCAAGCAUUAGGUCUUGAAGUAAUUAUAUGUGGAACUGAAACUGGGCUUGAGUAA